GAAUCACACCACCUGAAGAAGAAUAGCAAAUUGAACACGGUAGCCUCACUGCUUACACGGUGAGCAGCACCCACAGGAUGCUAGGACUUGGGUUUAUUUGAGACCCACUUAGCCUGAGACUGAUCUCUGCCUGUGAUCUGAAAGCUGUCAGAGGGGUUUAUAGGAGGAUGUUUUUAAGAAGCUACUAGCGUGCUGCAUCUGAGAGGUGGAGAAGGCUGCUGGUGCUGCAGUAGCUGGUGCAGCAGGAUGGAUGUGUAAGGACGGCUGCCCGAGACGCGCCGCUGAGCCUCCCGUCCUGCUCUCUCUUCAUUCACUAAGGGCACACGGAAGCAAACGGAUGCGCUAAGCAAGUGCCACACUGGAUCUUACCGCUCUGUACCCUUCACUGUGGAAAAUGGUCAACAAAGACAUGAAUGGCUUUCCAGUCAAGAAGUGCUCAGCCUUUCAGUUCUUCAAAAAGAGGGUACGAAGGUGGAUUAAGAGCCCAAUGGUCAGCGUUGAAAAGCACCCACACACCAGCCUCAAAUACCCGGGGUCCACUGUGAUGCAUUUACCUCCAGCGGAUUCAGAGCUUGACCCUCCGCUGUGCCAAACCUGCCUGAGUGACCACACUUUCCAGCGAGGGAUCACUUCUCAGGAGGCUGAGUCCUGCUCCUGGGACAGCCAGAGAAGUACCAAAAUGAAGGAGCCCCAGAGCAAAGCAGACUCACUACUGAAGCCCGAGCCCAGACCUCUCUGGGGUGGCGAAGAGGCAGCUUUCAUGAAGCAGAGAAGAAUGGGGCUGAACGACUUUAUUCAGAAGAUAGCCACCAAUUCCUAUGCAUGCAAGCACCCUGAAGUUCAGACUAUCUUGAAAAUCUCCCAGCCUCAAGAGCCUGAACUUAUGAAUGCUAAUCCUUCUCCACCGCCCAGUCCUUCGCAGCAGAUCAAUCUUGGUCCAUCAUCCAACCCACAUGCCAAACCAUCUGACUUCCAUUUCUUAAAAGUUAUUGGAAAAGGCAGUUUUGGAAAGGUUCUCCUGGCACGGCAUAAGGCAGAAGAGCAGUUCUACGCUGUUAAAGUCCUGCAGAAAAAAGCAAUCUUGAAGAAGAAGGAGGAGAAGCACAUUAUGUCAGAACGCAACGUCCUGCUGAAGAACGUGAAACACCCCUUCCUGGUUGGCCUUCACUUCUCCUUCCAAACUGCAGACAAGUUGUAUUUUGUUCUAGACUACAUCAAUGGUGGAGAGUUGUUCUACCAUCUCCAAAGGGAGCGUUGCUUCCUGGAGCCCAGAGCCCGUUUUUACGCUGCUGAAAUUGCCAGUGCAUUGGGCUACUUGCACUCCCUCAACAUUGUCUAUCGUGACCUGAAGCCAGAGAAUAUCCUGCUUGAUUCCCAGGGCCACAUUGUCUUGACUGACUUCGGGCUCUGCAAAGAAAACAUAGAGCACAAUGGCACAACCUCCACCUUCUGCGGCACGCCAGAGUAUCUUGCACCUGAAGUUCUUCAUAAGCAGCCCUAUGACCGGACUGUGGACUGGUGGUGCCUUGGAGCAGUCCUUUAUGAGAUGCUUUAUGGCCUGCCACCCUUCUACAGCAGGAACACAGCAGAGAUGUAUGACAACAUCCUGAACAAACCCCUACAGCUGAAGCCAAACAUCACCAACUCAGCUAGACAUCUCCUGGAAGGCCUUUUGCAGAAGGACAGGACAAAGAGGCUUGGUGCCAAGGAGGACUUUAUGGAGAUUAAGAAUCACAUCUUCUUCUCCCCAAUUAACUGGGAUGAUCUCAUUAAUAAGAAGAUUACACCCCCUUUUAACCCAAAUGUGAGUGGCCCCAAUGACCUGCGACACUUUGAUCCGGAGUUUACAGAUGAGCCAGUCCCCAACUCCAUCGGACAGUCCCCAGACAGCAUUCUCAUCACCGCCAGCGUCAAGGAAGCCGCUGAGGCUUUUUUGGGCUUCUCCUAUGCGCCACCCGUGGACUCUUUCUUGUGAACGUUUUUCUUUAUCUCCUAAAAUAAUAACAACAACUAUUAUUAUUUUCAUUUUUGUUUGGCCUUCUGGUGGCACUGCCAGUUGACCAGUCAUCUUGAAAAGAGAAUUUGCACAUUUCCACCAUGGCAGCUUUGCAGCCUUAAUUUCAACUACACUGUUUGCUGGAAGCUAUUUUGAAGAGCACAUCACUCUCUAAACGAGCUCUGCAGGCUUUUUCAUUUCGUUUGUUCUUCCCCCCCCCCCCACCAAAGCGGUGCUGUCUCCUCGGGAAAGAAAAACAAAAGAGUGACUGCUGCCACAGCCUGCCGCGGCAGAUCGUAGGAGUAAGAACAAGCCGGUUUGAACAUCGUGCUCUGAAAAGCCUUGCCUGAAGAUCUAUCUGAACGUGAUGAGGAUAUUAUGAAAUGUGCCUUUUUCUGAUGAGAUCUCGUGAGCGCCAAAGCUUUCCCUGUUGCAGAUUGUGUUUCUCAAGUUCAUUUAUGUGGGUUUACUAUGUGAACAAAUGGUAUGCGUGUGGUCUGCGUACUACAGAUGGACUUCGUUUAAAGCAUCAGUGUGACACUUGCAGGAUACCACAAUGUGGGGCGUUGUUUGUUUCUUCCAUAUUUGGAAGAUAAAUUAAGUGUAAUUUUGAAAUUUCUUUUGUAAAUCUCUACAGUCAACUACAACGAUUUGAAACGGGCUCACAAUUAACUCGUAUCCAAAUGCUUGAAAGAAAGCAUUGCUGCUAUGAAAAAGAAAAAAAAAAAGAUUUCUAUUUUUAGAAAGGGUUUUUAUGGACCAAAAUGCCCCAGCUGCAGUCAGUCAAAGCUGUUGAUUUAUUUUUUUUUCUUGAUUUUAUUUUAUUUUCCCCCCCCUCCUUCUUUUUGUUUAAGUUUUAAAAGAUGUCAUCUGUAAAAUGGGCAUUAUUUAUGGGUUUGGGGUUUGGGGAUUUUUUUUUCAUUCCUGGUUGUAUGUAUUGUAAAGAAAAGAUCUGUACAUUCAGUUGUAACUCUAGAUGUAUAUUUAAACUUACAGACUUAACUUGUAAUGUAUACCAUCAUUGUAAUGUAAUAUAAUUAACAUGGUUACAUGUAGCUUUGGUUCUUUUUUUUUUUUUUGGUGACCAAACCCCUUGGUUUGCAGUAAAAUACUUCCACAAACUUGU